AUGGCUUCACAGCAAGACACAAGGAGAAAGGAAGUAAAGGCGGAACAAGCUGCCAGAACCGCAGCUGACGAGCUCCAUGACGUCAACAAACAAAGAGCGGGUGGCGGUGCGGACGUCGUCGUUGAGCAUCACGAGACACGAACCGAUGAUCGGAACCGUCCGGGAAUCAUCGGCAGCGUUUUCCAGACAGUUACCGGUGCUCUAGGCGGUGCGAAAGAUGCUGUCAUAGGGAAAACACACGAAGGGACAGAAAAAGCAAAUAUCGUCGGCCGUGACGCCGCGGAACGAGAGAGGCGGAACGAGGAGGAUGCGGUUCGUAAGGCGGAGGAGUAUAAAGAAGCCGCCGCGCGAAAAGCUGCAGAAACGAAAGACGCCGCAAUGGAAAAAAGCAGGGAGUAUAAAGACUAUACCGCGCAGAAAGCGAAAGAAGCGGCCGAAAAAACAGGGGAGUAUAAGGAUUAUACUGCUGAAAAGGCGAAGGAAGCGAAAGAUAGAACAAUGGGGAAAAUGAAAGAAUAUAAAGAUACUGCGGUUGAGAAGACUAAAGAAACCGCUGAUGCGACCGCGCAGAAAGCGAAAGAAAUGAAGGACACUACAGUGGGGAAAUUGGGGGAAUAUAAAGACUCCGCGGUGGAAAAGACGAAAGAAACCGCUGAGAAGGCGAAGGAAGCAAAGGAUUAUACUGCUGAGAAGACGAAAGAAACUGCUGAUGCGACCGCACAAAAGGCGAAAGAAGGGAAAGAUAGUGCUGUUGGGAAGUUGACUGAAUUGAAAGAUAAGGCUAUGGGCCUUUUUAGUGGGAGGAAGGAUGAGAAUACCGAGAGAGCGGGUACUGGCCGCACUGGAGAUUAUUUUACCAAGAGUGCAUUGGAUGAAGCAGAGGAUGAUGCGAGGAGGAAGUUAGAGACUAUGCAUUUAAAAGAUCAAGGGUAUGAAGCAAAAGGCACCAAGAUGGAUAUAACUACUGGAGGGCGAAGCGGAGGACGAGGAGAAGAGGAGGUGGUGGCGGCCACGGUAGCAGUGGAGCGAGUAGGUGGCGCGGCGGAGGCAUUUAGGAAGGCUGAUCAAAUGACAGGGCAGGCUUUCAAUGAUGUGGGUCCUAUGGAUGAAGAUGUCGGAUCAGGAGCUCGUGAAGAAGCAGGUGGUGUGUAUCGUGUCCAGCUUAAGCGUGAAAACAAGUAA